GUUGGCCAUCGUUCACCAAUGCCUUCCCAGUUUCCUUUCACCCACUGCUGAGCAUGAUGUCUGCCAAACGUAACAUGAACCCAACUGCACGAUUACAUAAGCGUUCAUGUUUCUUCACCUCCAUCUGCAGUAAGGUGCAUGGGCGAGGGCACCAGCGCACUCGUAUUCCUACUCUUCGUUCCCCUCAUAUGGGUUCUCUGGCUCUAUAUGAUCAUCUCCAAACCAGCCAUCGUAUUCCACGCCUCCCAAAUAUUCUUCAACUUUCUAGCAAUGGCAUGUUUUGCUAGCGUCGCCUCUUUCCAAGCAAAAUGGGAUGUGGGACCAUCUGGGCUAUCGUCCUUCACUCUCUUCCUUACAGUUCUAGGCAUACUUGUCGCGUCAGUAAUGAUGGCAGUGCCUGUUAUUUACGAAAAAUACGACAAACUUGCAACCUUGGCGCGCGCGAUGAAGGUUCUGAGAGUGAGCUUCAUACUAACGGGGGCAGAGACAUCUCUCAGUUUAUUGAUUGCGUUCGUUGUCACCAUCUCAGCUUGGACCGAAGCCGGAUGCAAAGAUGCUGACAAUGACCCAAAUGCCGACAAGGGUGACAAUUUCAAGAAUGGCCUUCCGGGUUGGUGUAAUACCAAGAAGGCUGGUGCCAUCUUUCUAUGGCUCGCCUUUGUCUUCUGGACGGCUUCUCUUGGAUUAUUGAUUUGGGAAUGGAGAAAAAGUGGCGGCCGGCCUUUGAGAGGCAGGAAACCUCAAGACGAGCCAUUUGCUCCUCCCAUGGACCAUGAGUCGGUCACUCAGUAUGAUGAGGAUGAGGAUGACAGUACCAGUAUCGCCCGUCCUGCACGGCCAACCGGUGGCACCUCGGCCCAGGACCCAUUCUCCGAUACCAAUCGAUACAGUGCAGCAAGUGCCCAGCGACCAGUGUCAACGGCAUAUUCAGGCCGACCCAGUAUGGACCAAUACGGAGCGUUUUCUGAUCCCGCACCAAGUGGAUACUCUGCUGGGUAUAGCUCGUCGCCGUACACCAGUACUACAACACCCAGUUCGUUCGCCCCGGUGUUACCUGAGCCCGACUUGGGUCCUAAAGUUAGCCGAACGAUGCAGUAUGCCGACCCGUAUGCCAAGGUGAAAGCUACGCUUGGGCAAGGUCAACAACCCGUCGCCCAAUAUGGGGGAUCAACGCCACCUAGUUAUGAUGCUUAUGGUGGGGGUUAUCGGUAGAUGUUGCACUGGAUGGGAAGUAUGUACGCAUACUAAUACCUUGACGGACUGAUACAUUUAGUCGAUAGUUUAUUUUGCCUGCUCUUUCUUUUUUUUUUUGUUUGUCAUGUUUCAAUUUUGAUGAGGUGUACGCCUAAUAACUUAUUGCGACAUAUUGAUUAUCAACUGCGGGACCGGGGCCCAGGCGCUAACGACAAUACUAUGCGUCGCAUCGUUUCCGACUGCAGUAGCGAUAUGACAGUAUUGACUGCCGUGGAUAAAU